GCGAUGUAGUGUUCGUAGUGUGUCAUGUUUUGGUGAGAUCUGAGCAUUUCUAAUGAACACCUUACGGUGAGCUCAAGUUUGCAAUAUUUAAUAGCCCUCCACUCUGAAGACUACAGUCAUGAUAAGGAGCCCUCCAUUGAUGCGUUUCCUGUUUUUAUCAGGAAUGUGUUGUCUCACUGCAAAAACAUCUACAGAAACAUCUAUUGCUGCACCUAUCCAAAACACUACAGCAAACCCUGGACCAACUACAUUCAGAACCACAGAGCAAGUUACAAUUGGACCGUUAACUACUGAAUACCCAACAUCUGAUCAACCAUCUACUGCAUCAAAUGCAGUCAUACAUGGAGAAAAUAUAAACUUAACAUCUGCACCAGCUACAUCUACAGAGCAAAGUUCAGCCGGAGAUUUCUCUACCAGACUCAUAAUAUCCGACCUGUCCACUUCUCCACCUGUUCAAAAAACAACUACACUCAAUAACACAGCAGAUGUUUCUACUGGACAGCUGACCUCUGACCAAGCUACUACAAGAACUAUUCCAAACACCCAGACAACAUCUGUACCAACUACAUCUAUCAUUAAUACCACAGAACACGUUGCAACUGAACAGUUAAAAACUGAAGUCUCAACAGCUAACCAAGCAACUCCUGUAACUAUUCAAAGCACCCCCUCAACAGCUGUACUAGCUACAUCAACAAUUACUACCACAGAGCAAAUUUCAACAGGACAUUUAACUAUUGGAAUCUCAGCUACUAACCAAGCAACUUCUGUACCUGUUCAAAACACCACCUCAACUCCUGUACAAACUACAUUCAAUGCCGCUGAGAGUGUUUCUACUGGACAGCUGAGCUCUGACCAAAAACCUACUACAAUUGUUCAAAACCCCUUCUCAACAUCUGUACAAACUACAUUAUCCAUUAAUAACACAGAACCUGUUACAACUGAACAGUUAACUACUGGAAUCUCAACCACUAACCAAGCAACUUCUGUACUUGUUCAAAACACCACCACAACUCCUGUACAAACUACAUUCAAAGCAACAGAGUAUGUUUCUAGUGGAAAGUUGAGCUCUAACCAAACUAUUACUACAAUUGUUCAAAACACCCCAACAAGUUCAAUAGCCAUUCAAGGAAGUACUGAAUAUUUUCAAAACACCACUUCAACUCCUGUACAAACUACAUUCAAUAACCCUGAGCAAGUUUCAACUGGACAGCUGACCUCUAACCAAGUGGCUACUAUAUUUGUUCAAAACACCUUCACAUCUGUACCAACGAAAUCUACCAUUAAUACCACAGAACAUGUUUCAACAGAACAGUUAUCUACUGGAAUCUCAACUACAAACCAAGCAACUUCUGUACCUGUUCAAAACACCACCUCAACUCCUGUACAAACUACAUUUAAGGUUACUGCGUUUGUUUCUACUAUACAGCUGAGCUCUGACCAAGCAACUGCUGGAACUGUUGAAAACGCCCCCUCAUCUCCUGUACAAUCUACAUUCAAUUCCACUGAGAUUUUUACUACUGGACAGAUAACAUCUCUCCAAGCUACUGCAAGAACUGUUCAAAACACACCGACAACAUCUGUACCAACUACAUCUAUCAGUAACACCAUAGAGCAUGUUUUAACAGAACUGUUAACUACUGAAAACCCAACAGCCAGUCAAGGAAGUACAGUACCUGUUCAAAACACACCUUCUACUCCCUUACUAACUAUAUUCAAUAAUACUGAGCCUGGUUCUACUGGACAGCUGACUUCUGAUCAAGCAGCUACUACAGUUGUUCAAGACACCUUUUCAGCAUCAGUACCAAGAACUGUCAAUACCACUGAGCUUGUUACUACUGGACAGAUAACAUCUUUCCAAGCUACUACAAGAACUGUUCAAAACAACCCAAACACAUCUGUACCAACUACAUCAAUACUUAAAACCACAGAACAUGUUUCAACAGAACAGUUAACUAUUGGAAUCUCAACUAAUAACCAAGCAACUGCUGUACCUGUUCAAAACACCACCUCAACUCCUGUACAAACUGGAUUCAAUGCAACUGAGAGUGUUUCUACUGGACAGCUGAGCUCUGACCAACUAGCCACUACAAUUGUUCAAAACCCCUUCUCAACAUCUGUACCAUCUAUAUCAACACUUAAUACCAAAGAACAUGUUUCAACAGAACAGUUAUCUACUGGAAUCUCAACUACUAACCAAGCAACUUCUGUACCUGUUCAAAACACCACCUCAACUCCUGUACAAACUGGAUUCAAUGCUACUGAGAGUGUUUCUACUGGACAGCUGAGCUCUGACCAACUAGCCACUACAAUUGUUCAAAACCCCUUCUCAACAUCUGUACCAUCUAUAUCAACACUUAAUACCACAGAACAUGUUUCAACAGAACAGUUAUCUACUGGAAUCUCAACUACUAACCAAGCAACUUCUGUACCUGUUCAAAACACCACCUCAACUCCUGUACAAACUACAUUUAAUGCUACUGAGCGCGUUUCUACUGGACGGCUGACCUCUGACCAAACAACUCAUGUAACUAUUCAAAACACCCCAACAACAUCUGUAUUAACUUCAUCAACCAUUAAUACCACAGAACACGUUUCAACAGAACAGUUAUCUACUGGAAUCUCAACUACAAACCAAGCAACUUCUGUACCUGUUCAAAACACCACCUCAACCCCUGUACAAACUGCAUUCAAUGCUACUGAGAGUGUUUCUACUGGACAGCUGAGCUCUGACCAACUAGCCACUACAAUUGUUCAAAACCCCUUCUCAACAUCUGUACCAUCUAUAUCAACACUUAAUACCACAGAACAUGUUUCAACAGAACAGUUAUCUACUGGAAUCUCAACUACAAACCAAGCAACUUCUGUACCUGUUCAAAACACCACCUCAACUCCUGUACAAACUGGAUUCAAUGCUACUGAGAGUGUUUCUACUGGACAGCUGAGCUCUGACCAACUAGCCACUACAAUUGUUCAAAACCCCUUCUCAACAUCUGUACCAUCUAUAUCAACACUUAAUACCACAGAACAUGUUUCAACAGAACAGUUAUCUACUGGAAUCUCAACUACUAACCAAGCAACUUCUGUACCUGUUCAAAACACCACCUCAACUCCUGUACAAACUACAUUUAAUGCUACUGAGCGCGUUUCUACUGGACGGCUGACCUCUGACCAAACAACUCAUGUAACUAUUCAAAACACCCCAACAACAUCUGUAUUAACUUCAUCAACCAUUAAUACCACAGAACACGUUUCAACAGAACAGUUAUCUACUGGAAUCUCAACUACAAACCAAGCAACUUCUGUACCUGUUCAAAACACCACCUCAACUCCUGUACAAACUGGAUUCAAUGCUACUGAGAGUGUUUCUACUGGACAGCUGAGCUCUGACCAACUAGCCACUACAAUUGUUCAAAACCCCUUCUCAACAUCUGUACCAUCUAUAUCAACACUUAAUACCACAGAACAUGUUUCAACAGAACAGUUAUCUACUGGAAUCUCAACUACUAACCAAGCAACUUCUGUACCUGUUCAAAACACCACCUCAACUCCUGUACAAACUACAUUUAAUGCUACUGAGCGCGUUUCUACUGGACGGCUGACCUCUGACCAAACAACUCCUGUAACUAUUCAAAACACCCCAACAACAUCUGUAUUAACUUCAUCAACCAUUAAUACCACAGAACAUGUUUCAACAGAACAGUUAUCUACUGGAAUCUCAAUUACAAACCAAGCAACUUCUGUACCUGUUCAAAACACCACCUCAACUCCUGUACAAACUGCAUUCAAUGCUACUGAGAGUGUUUCUACUGGACAGCUGAGCUCUGACCAACUAGCCACUACAAUUGUUCAAAACCCCUUCUCAACAUCUGUACCAUCUAUAUCAACACUUAAUACCACAGAACAUGUUUCAACAGAACAGUUAUCUACUGGAAUCUCAACUACUAACCAAGCAACUUCUGUACCUGUUCAAAACACCACCUCAACUCCUGUACAAACUACAUUUAAUGCUACUGAGCGCGUUUCUACUGGACAGCUGAGCUCUGACCAACUAGCCACUACAAUUGUUCAAAACCCCUUCUCAACAUCUGUACCAUCUAUAUCAACACUUAAUACCACAGAACAUGUUUCAACAGAACAGUUAUCUACUGGAAUCUCAACUACUAACCAAGCAACUUCUGUACCUGUUCAAAACACCACCUCAACUCCUGUACAAACUACAUUUAAUGCUACUGAGCGCGUUUCUACUGGACGGCUGACCUCUGACCAAACAACUCCUGUAACUAUUCAAAACACCCCAACAACAUCUGUAUUAACUUCAUCAACCAUUAAUACCACAGAACAUGUUUCAACAGAACAGUUAUCUACUGGAAUCUCAACUACAAACCAAGCAACUUCUGUACCUGUUCAAAACACCACCUCAACUCCUGUACAAACUACAUUUAAUGCCACCGAGAGUGUUUCCACUGGACAGCUGACCUCUGGCCAAUCAACUACAAUAAUUGUUGAAAACAAACAUUCAACAUCUCUAAUUUUAAAUUCCACAGAACACGCUUCAACUGGACAGGUAGCUACCGAACAGCUAACCUCUGAACAAGCAGCUACCACUGCAAGCUUUCCUUUUCAAAACAUUUCCUCAACUACAACUAAUACCACGGAAAAUGUGACCAUUGAACAAUUAAAUACUGGACAGCUAACCUCUAAGCAUGCAACUACUGUGCCUGUUCCAAAUGUAAACUCGACAUCGGCAACACCCGCAUUUAAUACAAGUGAGCAAGUUUCAACCGGACAGUUUUCUACCACAGCCCUAAAAUCUGACGCAAUGACUACUCUAACUGUUCAAAACCCAACUACAUUCAAUUUCACAGUGCUCACCUAUACUGCACAACUAGUCCCUGACCAAGCAAAUACAACUGUUCAAAACAUCCUCUCAACUCCUUUACCAACCUCAUUCAAUACCACUGAGCAAGUGGCUACUGGUCAUUUAUCUACAAGUGCUACUACUGAGAAUGGAUCUCUUCAACUGACCACUGAGUCUACAGUCGCAGAAAUGCAAAGUAACAUAACACCAAUGACUACUGCUGAACACAGUCCUGCCCUUGAUGUGACCAAAUAUUCAGUUGGGACUACUCCACUCAGUACCAGAGAGCCAGUCAGUGUCUCCACUGUAAUGCCCACUGGAAACAUUCAAGAUUUAACUCCAGACAAUCUGAUUCUAGUCCAGAAGAACAUGACAUGGAACGAGGCCCUGAGCUACUGCAGAGAGAACUACAUUGACCUGGCAUCAAUCACUUCAGAGCUGCUUCAGGGCUUGGUGGCUAAGAAAGCCGCCAACGCCACCUCAUCAUAUGUCUGGGUGGGCCUGCGCUUCACCUGUAAAUUCCACUUCUGGUUCUGGAUCACAUCUGACCCGGCCUCGGGCUGCUACCAGAACUGGGCCCCGGGGGACGGAUUAAACAGCCAGGAUGACUGUGGCGUUGCUGGUGCUCUGGAGACCACUGGGCAGCAGCAUUGGGUUAGUCUGGAGGAGAACCAGAGGCUCAACUUCAUGUGCUACAAAUGUACUGGACCAUAGUGAGGGGAUGGCACACCUCUGAUUCAUAGGACUCCUGAACUGUUUCUGUUAAUCCAAUAUGUUGCUUUAUUGAUGUGAAUACAAGCAAUGUAAAUAAUGAUAACCUGUGACAGUCAUGGAUUGGGUGUCCUUCAAUGUAUUACACAUGUUAAACUUUAGUUAGGCUACAGUGUGUUCCAAGGCCUACUCAGUUGCUGUGGAGUGUUCAAAUAUCUAUGGAUUUCUGCAGCAUCAUGUAACAGUAAAUAUAUAUUUUUUAAUACAACAAUAUUUCAUGACAGUUUUGCAUGACUAUGAAGAGAAAAACACAUAUAUGCCUGCUUUCUCUUAUGUAUUAUCACCUAUUUCCACUCAGUCCUUGGUGGGUAAUGAGCGAGUGUCACAAGUGCCGGAGUAAUAUGAGAAGACGCUAUAAGAUAUUCUAUACUUUUGGUGGGUAACUCAUUUACAUAUGGACUCCACCCAAGACUCAGGCCCAAUGGGCGUUGUCCCCGGUGACCACAAGGCCAGGGCAUCAGUCAAAGGCAGUCCCAACCCUAGACGCCCCCCCCCCCACCUUCUCCUUCCUACUCAGCUCCCUGACUUAUCCCGACCGCCACAUGGAAGUCUCAUCCAAGAGCGCUUUCUGUCUGCACCCUUCCAGCCAAAGAAACAUCCACCUUCAGUCACCUGUAUAUACCAUCCAG